GGACUAGUCUAUAUGGGGAUGCUAGGGUUAUGGAGGCCCCUCCUCAAAGCCUGAGGCCCCAGUCAAUCGCCUGACGCCCGCUCUGCAUAGCUAGCGCCGGUGUGUCCCUGGUCGUAUGAGACGUACGUUGCUUUCAAUAACGCUACUUAAAAGCGUAGAAAUCAUGUUGUGUGGCUCUCAGCAGAAAUCUCUCUAUAUAGAUGUCCUGAUGCAAACUAAGUGACAUAAGAAAUUAAAAGAAACGUCUCAAAAAACAAUAGAUACACAAAAAUCCAGACCUUCCGGACGUCCCGAGCGUUUCCUGCGUCAUGACGCACGAUUGAUCAGACUGCUACAAGAGUGAGUCAGUUUGACGGAUCCCCACACCCUCUCUUCAACGUCUGAGGAACGGGUCAGACCAGUGCUGCGGGAAUCCAGUGAAACUGACUGCUAGUGUCCCGGUGUAGAACAUGUUUAUUGGUUGUCUGAAGAAACAAAGACAAGAUGUUCCAAGAGGUGCUUUCAAACAUCUUGAGGUUCUACGACUACCUUCUGCAAAGAACUGAUGCCAGAGUGCGGGAUUAUCCGCUGAUGCAGAGUCCUAUUCAGAUGACCGUCAUCUUGCUGGGAUAUGUGAUCUUCGUUUUAUAUGUAGGACCACGAUGCAUGGCCAAUCGGAAUCCUUUCCGCCUCAACACAGCUAUGAUUGUCUAUAAUUUCUCAAUGGUGGCCUUCAACGCCUACAUUGUUUAUGAGUUCCUGAUGUCUGGCUGGGCAACAACAUACACUUGGAGAUGUGAUCUCUGUGACACCUCCAGCAGUCCUCAAGCUCUCAGAAUGGUCCGGGCAGCCUGGUUGUUCUAUUUUUCCAAAUAUGUUGAACUUCUAGAUACGGUGUUUUUUGUGCUGAGAAAGAAGCACAGUCAGGUGACAUUCCUGCAUGUCAUUCAUCAUUCCAUCUUGCCCUGGACCUGGUGGUGGGGCAUCACUCUUACUCCUGCGGGUGGCAUGGGUUCCUUUCAUGCUAUGGUGAACGCGUGUGUCCAUGUCAUCAUGUACACAUACUACGGUCUGGCUGCUGCAGGACCACGCUUCCAGAAAUAUCUGUGGUGGAAAAAGUACAUGACUGCUAUCCAACUGAUUCAGUUUGUGCUGGUGACUGUUCAUAUAUCUCAGUAUUACUUGAUGGAAAAGUGUGAAUACCAAGUUCCUAUCUUCAUUCAUCUCAUCUUGUUUUACGGAACCUUUUUCUUCAUCCUCUUCUCCAACUUCUGGAUCCAGGCCUAUGUAAAGGGAAAGCGACUACCUGUUUCCACUGAGGACAAACCCAAACAGAAUGGCAUUACCACUGUGAUUGAGCCAGUAGUAGUGGAAAAUGGCACUGUGCAUUACACUAAUGGAUUUGCUCACAACGGGAAAGUGAAGGAGGUCUAAAGAGGCCAAACAGGAGCAUCAGAGACAUUUGUUGUUAAAUUAUUUUUGACAAAUUUACAUUUUUUAUGAUUGCAUGGGAGAUGAAAUGGCACGUUGGAUCUGGCGGUGGGUCCCCUUUCUUCGUAUUUAUGGAUGUUGGAGGCUGGGGAGCACUAUGCAUGAAGAGAAUUCAUCCACUGAAGUUUGCUUUGCUGACAUGGCUCUGAAACCUGACAGCAUGUCUGUGGUUAAAUAUGCUUGACCUUGGCAUUUUCCUGGUUAUUUGAGUCUCCCAGUUGUUUGCACACUGUAUAGUUUUCACAGAUCUAACUCACACUUGACUGUAAAUAUUUUGUCAGUUUAUUUGAAAUUUAGUUGUUUUUUUUUGUAACUUAUGUUAAUAAAUGCUUUUUAUAAUAAA